ACAGGCCACUAGAGUCUCUCAUGGAGCAUACGUCCCUGGCGUACGCGGAAGAGAAGAGACGAACGGCGCGUGCGCCACCCGUGCUUGUUCACCUUUAUUUUUGGAAGCUGCUGGAAGCGGUAAGCGAGCGGGUGAAGCGGUUGAAGCGACGACUGGCUGUCAUUACUGUGUCAGUAGAGUGUCGCGGACUGUUGGCGUGUUCGGAUGUGCGUGUGUAUGCGCAUGACUCCGACCCAUCAUCACGAGCGAUGUCGACGCGAACGGCGAUGCCGACGAUGACGAUGUUCAAGUCGAGAAUUGGCUCGACGCCACUGACGAACGGCAGUGGAAAUCUCGCCGAGACCCAGAAAUCGACGCCAGCGAGACUCUGGUCGAGGAUUCGCGUGAACGAGUGGACGUUCAGUCUGAUGCUCUUUACCUUCUCGCUCGCCAUCAUUGUGGCCAAGCUGUACCUGAAUUAUUGUGGAAAGCUAUUGUCAUGGCAAGCCGGCGAUCGAUACUCUUUGCCAUCGGUAGCAUUUACGCAAAUGUACGUAACAAUACGGAGUAUGUCCGACGUUUUAUCGAAAUUUGAUGUGAAACAAUUGCCGACGGAUAACGAAAAGCUCUUGAACACCGGCAAUCAGUACGCAGGAGCAAUCGCUGAUAUACUGAUAGCAUUUUACAGCAGAUUUGGGUGGCUAUUGAAAGCAACGAUGAGCGGACUUGUGAUAACAGGUUUCACUUGGUUUAUCCUUUACAAGGACAGCAGUAUACCCGGUAUCAACCCACCGUCUCCUUUCAGUCCUUCCAAACAGAGGAUACAUGGCAGUUCAAGGAUACAGAUAAAUUAUUUAGUUGGUGCGCUAAAUGGGAUAUUAUUUUUUAUCUACAUGUGUCUUUAACAUAAUG